AUGAAUCGCACAGCUUAUCAUAAAACAACUCAGCAGUCUCCAGUGAUCAGCUUCCCGUCAUUAAACACGACUCAGACAGUGCAGUCCAAAUAAGUUCAAGCCUCGUAUCAAGAUGAGCAAGCUACGUUCACAAUUCAACGCAUUUGUAAAGGAAAACUCACGAAAAUAAAAAUGAAAUGAAGCUCAUGCCUCAAUCGAUUAAUAAAAAAUUCUUCGAAGCAUUGCAGAGAAAUGUGGCUGGGAAAUUACCUACCUUCUCUAGAGGCCCUAAAAGAAGUCUCAGAAGGAAAAUUGUUAAUAAUAAAACUCUUUAUGAUAACCCUUAUUUCCGAACUGUUUUGAAAACUAAGUUGAAAUCUAGAGGGAACAGGAACUCGAAUUUCUCUAACCCUAAUGUUAGUUCUAUGUUAUCUAAGAGAUCGUCUCGAAAAACAUCUACUCUAUCGAAAAGGCAAUCGAAGCAUUGAGGAAUUAAAAUGUCAAGAAAUAGAGGCCCUGGGCAAAAAGUGUUCAGCCCACAAAUUAUUCGAAGAAAGGAGAUAACGCCUCCAUCUCAGAGGAUUCCUCGCAAAAAUAAGGUAAAAAGACAUAUAAUUUCUCCACGAAAACGUGCAAUACUAAGCCCUAAAUUAUGAAUACGCAAGAAAAUAAAGCCUAUCCAGGACCCACCAGUGCCACAUAAAUAUGAAGUGUUCUAUCGCAAAAAUGAAGAGAAGCCAAAGACUAGAUAUUUCAGAGCCAAAGAGUCCUUCAAUAAGACCUUCGAAACAGAGAACCAGGCCAGGGAGUCUCCUAUCAUCAGGACAGAAAUAAGCGAGAGAAGGGGAAUAUUCCAAAACCCCAAGAUGAAGAGUACAACCAAAAUUUUGUACGAAUACCUUAACGAUAUCAACGAGAAUACUGAGAAAUCAGAGGAAAGUAAGAGUAAAGGACAAAAGGAGAGUUUCUCAUUAUUUAAUCUGUCAAGAAAAACUCCAGCCUCUUCAAGGUCCUCAACAAGCCCAUUAAAUAGACGAAAAGAGAAGAGCAAGUUUCAUAAUGCUAGAAGAGAGACUAACUCAGAUAUGAGUAGUCCUGAAAGUAGUUGUUCAGAGGAAGGAGAGGAGGAUAGGUUCUACCAGACUAAUCCUAACCCUUACAAAGAUUUAUAAGCACCAUUUUAUAUCUCAACUUCU